AUGGCCACUCCAGGGGUCCAGGGACCUGGCCGCACCGCGCGAGGAGUGGGUAGGAGACUGGUUGAUUUCAAAUCUAACCCCAGCGUUCCUUCCGCAAAGCAGGGUGAUCUGCUGGGCGCGUCCACGAUUCACCCGAAGGUCCCACAAGAACCGGAUGUGGAAGAGUACUCAGCUGACUCGACAGAGGCGGACCCAGAGAACUGGGGGCGUCAGUCCAAGGUUCUCAACAGCCAGAAGAAGUCAGGUGCAGGCUCAAACUGCGCUCCCAAGAGAUGCCACAGGGAUACCUGGUCUCAGCGGAAGGUCGGGGUGUUGCAGCAGAGGCGCGCAAACGCUUUGAUCAUGCUGCAGGACCUCGACCUACAGCUUGACGGCGACCUCCUCCGCCUUGCCGGCGUUGCGCGGCCAACGGUGCAGGACGCAGCCCUCCUCAGGCGUCGCCUGCGCCGAGAGCCCACGGCGGAGGACUAUGCCGCCUUCGGUUUCGGCCGCUUCCAGGAGGCAAUUCGAGUCCCGGCCGACGUCGAUGCAAGCAAGAUCCAGGCCUCGUGCCGCAAUGGCCAGCUCCAGCUGCUUCUGCCGCGCAGGCCGAGGCAAUUCCCACGCGGAUGCCGCACCGCUCGGCCGCCUAUGUUCCCGAUGUGGUGA